UUGUUAAAAAGUAAAUAAAUAUUUUGGCGGUUUGUUUUUAAUUCAAGGUUGGAUAUUUAAAAUGGAAGCUUUCUUGAAAGGUUACAAACCUGGAUCAAUUAAGGUGAAACCAAGCACAUCUAAAGAUGAUGAAAGUGCAUCCACAUCUAAGAAAACAAAAAGACCUACUCCUUGGGUGGAAAAAUAUCGUCCAAAAUGCAUGAACGAGGUUGUUUAUCAAGAUGAAGUAGUUGCAGUUUUAAAAAAGAGCUUAGCCAAUCCUGAUCUUCCUAAUCUGCUGUUCUAUGGCCCCCCUGGUACUGGAAAAACUUCAACUAUACUGGCUCUGUCUAGAGAAAUAUUUGGUGACAUGUUUAAGACUAGGAUAUUGGAACUUAAUGCUUCAGAUGAGCGUGGUAUACAAGUUAUUCGAGAUAAAGUAAAAACAUUUGCUCAGCAAACUGCUAGUGCAACUCGACCCGAUGGUCGACCUUGUCCACCUUUUAAAAUUGUAAUAUUGGAUGAAGCAGAUUCAAUGACAAAUGCUGCACAGUCUGCUCUUCGAAGAACUAUGGAGAAAGCCAGUAAAUCCACUCGAUUCUGUCUAAUAUGUAACUAUAUUAGUAGAAUCAUUGAUCCUCUCACAUCCAGAUGUUCCAAAUUUCGAUUCAAGCCAUUAUCUAAAGAGACUUUAUCUCAGCGUCUAAACUACAUUACCACUGAAGAGAAUGUAAAGUUGGAAGAAAAGGUGAUUGAUUCCAUUAUUGAAUAUUCUGAAGGAGAUCUGAGGAAGGCCAUUACACUAUUGCAAAGCGCUCAUCGUUUAAAAGGAGAGGAUGGAAUAACAGCCACCGAUGUUGCUGAUAUCAGUGGAAUUGUUCCCAACAAAUGGCUUAAAGAUUUGAUGAAAGUUUGUCAAUCUGAUAGUUACGAAAAGCUAGAAAAUUUUGUCUGCACACUAUCUCAUGAAGGAUAUACUGCUGGUCAACUCAUAAAUCAACUUCACGAUGAAAUAGUAUUUAAUGACACAUUAAAUGAUAAACAGAAAUCUGCUAUAUGUGAAAAAUUAGCUAUUUGUGAUAAACGCUUACUCGAUGGUGCAGAUGAAUUUUUGCAAUUGAUGGAUUUGUGCUGUACUAUAAUGCAACAAAUUUGCCAUACAGUGGAUUGAAAUUGUUCUUUUAUACUCAUUGAAUUGUACAUUAUGUCAUGUUUAUUUUGUAAUAAAAUUUUCAAAAGUUUCA